CCAAACAAACGGAAGUGACAAAUAACAAUUUCCACGUUAAGGUUUUUAUUGUUAUUUAGACAUUUAUUAACACAGUGGAACAUUGUUAAUUUAACUGCACAGCGUCACAUACUUAACGUUACCCCAGUUUGUCUUUAAUUCGUGUUAGCUAACAAUGGCAAACUGUGACGGUGUGGUUUUUCACACUCAGAUAGCCUCCAUUAUGGAGGUGCUAGCGAAUGCAGCCGUUACAGAGAUAUGUAAACUCGUAGACGACGACUAUGCAGUGUUUCGUUUGGAAAUGUCUCAAAGCCAGAAAGAAAACAGGGCAUUGCGGAGGAAACUACAGCUUUUGGAACUGAAGGUGUCACGGGAGCGCGUCCUCGCGAGUCGUCCCAAUAGUGUCAAGAUCCUCGACGGAUACAGAGGAAUGGCAAGAGGUGAAGAACAUUUCACUGGAGGCCACAGGAGCUUUGUGAAGCCAGCAGGACUCAACCCGUGGAGAGAUGACCAACCCAUAGAUAUAAAUGAGGAGACUGGAACCUCAACCCAGCAUGUUAUUGUGAUAGAGCCUGCGGAUGCAGAGGCUGUAUGUCCUGGAGCAUCAUCUUUGGUCAAGCAGGAGAAGACUGAAGGAGAGGAGGACCCACAACACAGCAGAGACAUUCAGACUGGAGCAGCGGCUGGAGUGGCGCCCCCUGUAGCCGUGGUGGAUCUUGCCACCACGCCCCAGCCCAGGACCCGACCCAGCAUCACGGAGGUCAUCCUCAAGUCAGAGACAGACACCGAGACACACAGGCUCUUACACACAGGAUCUGACCACAGAUCAGACCCAGAGAGACUGUUACUGGGGAGACUGGGCUGUUCUCCUGCUCCUGACUCAAAAUAUUUACUUUAUGAAAACUCGAGCCCAAGGACAGUUCAUUCCCAUCAAGACUCAAGUGAUGCAUUAGAGACUGUUAAUGAUCUGUCUCGUUCUUACACUACAGAGAUGGACCCUGGCAUCAUGCCCUUGGUAUUAGAGACACAGACGGAUCUGUCUAGAGGGGACUGGAACCCAUACAGUAGUAGAGUAUACUCUGAAGGGUGCCUAGAUAAGAAAGGGGAGGUUAUAGUGAAAGUGGAAGGCGACGCUCCUCUGACAUGUAAUGCAGACGAGACUCCUAUAUGGAAAGGAUACUCGCAGGGCAACACCAGUGACUUCUUAGACUGCAGGGAUGGGUUAGAGACCAGUCUAAAUGUCGCAAUCCACUCCCCUUCGCAUGCGCUCAGGGAUCACGACCCAGUGUCCACGUCGAUGGCACCUUCCGAUUCACAUGGACGCGUCUUUUUCGAUCAGGUAUUUAACUCCAACGACAGGGCUAGAGCCCAGACUCAGGGAGGGGGAGCCACAUCAGGCAAUAGUAAAGAGAAACGGUUCCUCUGCAUGUUCUGUAACAAAGGCUUCAGCUGCCUCCAGAAGGUGGAGAUCCACCAGAGGGUCCACACAGGGGAGAAUCCCUUCAAUUGUACUCAGUGUGAGAAGAGGUUCUCCCGCCAGGACCACCUGAAGAGGCACCAGAGGGUCCACACAGGGGAGAAACCUUUCAGCUGCCCCCAGUGUGAGAAGAGGUUCUCCCAGGCUGGUGACCUGAAGAGGCACCAGAGGGUCCACACAGGUGAGAAACCUUUCAGCUGUACCCAGUGUCACAUGCGCUUUGCCCUGGCUGGCAACCUGAAGAUGCACCUGAAGGUCCAUGAGGGAGAGAGGCCGUUCACCUGUAUGCACUGUGGGAAGAAGUUCUCAGAGAGGAGCUACCUAAGGACACACCAGCAGAAAAAACAUUCCUCUGUAUAACAUAGAAAGUAACCAUUCUGCUCGACAGCUUCUAAGGUUUAGAUUAAUGAAAGAUGAUUUUCUUUUUACUGUCAGCUGAAAAAAUCCACAAAUGCAUUCGGAAUAAUGAGAGUAACAAAUUUCAGUGUUGGAUAUUCCUGGGUAGAAUAUUGCAUCCAGACAUUGUGUGAUAUACAAUGCCUUCAGAAAGUAUUCACAUUACUUGACUUUCUCCAAAUGUUGUUGUGAUACAGCCUGAAUUUAAAAUUGAUUAAAUUGUUUGUCUUUUUACAAAUGUAAUAAUAAAUGAUAAGCUGAAAAGUAUUCAACCCCUUUCUUAUAGCAAGCCAAAAUAAGUUCUGGAGUAAAAAUGUUCUAAACAAG